CGCAAUAUGAUGACGUUCCAGACGUCAUUAAUGCUUGCCAAAACACCAUAAAGUUGUGUAAAUGACUGUUUGACCUUUCUUAACAAGCCAGUGUAUCCAGCUAACGGCAAGGAACAUGUCUCUUCUACGCGUAUGUGCUUCUACAUCGAUUUUUCGUGCGACCCAAGGGUUAUUCAUGGAGUCUGCUUUUACAGGAUGCUUGCGGACAGCAAGUGGAGCAGCGAAGGACAAGGAGCCACUGCGCAAGGCCAAAACCCCCCAGGGCCGCUUUGACAUGAACGAUGAGAAGACAAAGGAUCCCCUUGAAAAGUUCCCUGAUGAUGUGAACCCAGCCACUAAGGAGCAGGGGGGGCCCCGAGGCCCAGAACCCACGCGCUACGGGGACUGGGAGAGGAAGGGCCGCUGUGUUGACUUCUAGCUUCCAUUCCUGGUAUAUUACACAUGCGAUGAGGACAUACCUUAGCUAUAACUUAUGCAUCUAUGUCUGAGGAUUGUUGUGCAAGAGACCAGGAAUAGUGCACCAUACUGAAUCAGGCUGGACUAUUUCCCCAUGAACCAUACAAUCUGAUUUGGUAUUUCACAUUUAUACACAUGUAGUCUGUAGAAGAGUCUCGCUUACUUUUUAUGGUGCAAUACUCACUUUGCACACUGAUAUUGUCUUUGUUGAAAUUGAUAAUGAUGAUGAUGAUGAUGAUCUAGUGAACAGUAGAAGCUGCUGAGGGAGGAUGGCUCAUAAUGGCUGAAAUGAAGUGAAUGGAAUGACCCCCCCCCCAAAAAAAGAAAAAGCUGUUUGAUUCCAUUCUGAACCAUUUUAUGAGCCGUCCUCCUCAGCAACCUCCACUGCAGUGGCGGUUCUAGACCAUUUCAACUGGGGGGGCCAAGCUGGGGCCAGUUGUACUGAUAGAGGGGCCAGUUACAUUACACGUUAUUGUUGUCAUAUCAUUUUCUUCACUGCAUUGCAGGCAUUAGCAGGCAAAAGACUAUGUUCCGCGUUGCCACUGUCUAAUAACUGAUGUAAAAAAAAAAAAGAACGAUAUCAAAAAUGUGUUAUGUAAAAAUGAUUUCAUACUCCACAUUUCGGGGGGAGCCACAAGGGGGUCCAAAAUGAUUGUCACAGGGGCACUGGCCCCCCCUGGGCCCCCCGCAGAACCGCUAGUGCUCCACUGAUGGUGAACGAUUGUCAUGCAAGGUUAUUGCUUCCUGUACAGAGAUGUCAAUGUUGUGAAUAAAUGCAAUGUAAAAAAUUCUGGA